AUGGAUCACAUAUCAACACUGUGUGCGCUAAGCACGGUAGGCAUUGCGACCAGCGGCCUUGCCCUCGGUCGCGUUGAACGAACCAAGUCCAGCAUCUUUCGGCGGAAAACGCUACCAUACGAUUCACUUGCCCCUACUCAGCCUACAUUUGAGGUACGGCCGAAGACGUCAGUAUCGUCCCGGCCCGGCCAUGCGGGGUUGGAGGGUCUUUCCACCGGAUCUGGGACCGAUGGAAGUGGUUCGCGCACCAGCCAAUUCCAGGGUUCUGAUCUCCGGAGAGCAUCCCUCUCUUUUGGGGCCGCCAGGCUUCGUCGUCGCGGCCAAACAUUGACCAACCCUCCCUUGCGAAUCCCCGAAGAUGAACAGACCAACUCGUCUACAGAAUCAGAGUCACACUGGCGAAGACCGUCUACAAGUUGGUUGCGACGGCUAUCGAUGGUUUCCUUCCAAUCUGAAAGCCAGACAACCAACAGCCCUGUGACCCCUUCCUUCACUGGAUCUUCCAGUCCGAUUUUCUCCCGCCCGUCCAGCUCACGUAGAUCUUCAAACAAGCUUGUCAAGCGCUCCACUUCCCAACAUUCGAAUGCCCAUCCUCUCUUUGUCAAUACCUCCCCGCGCCCCACCACAGCCCUGCGCAGGCCAGCUACCAGCUAUCAAAGGUCGGAGACCAUACGAUUGCAGUCUCCUCUGGCUACCAGUUUCGAGCCUUUCUCCCAGCCUUCUGGAAAUUUCGCUGCCGGCGAAUUUGAAGUUGAAGCAGACCACGAAUGGCAGCCAUAUUUGACCCCCAAGUCUGGGGGACUACCAGACAAGUUGGUUCGAAGACUGUCCACUACAGGCACCCCUCGAGCCCAGGGUGUGCGGCAGAUUGUCUCCGAUCAGAAUACUGUUCCAGCAUUGAUUCUAGCGACCGCAAUCGUAAAUAAAAACUCGUCUCUUAUCAGAGAUUCGUCCAUACCCACCUCUCCGGUUCUAUUCCGUGAUCCAUUCGAGACGAGUACCGCUCCUCUCCCUGCACAGCCGAUGCAAAAACCGGUUCACAAACAUUCUUAUUCUCACAACGAUGUUGAGCCGAAAAGAAUAAUUGUGAAUACAGUAACGGGCUCUGGCACCCCAUUGCUGGGGCGGCCGCGAGGCGGUUCUUUGAAACGGGUCAAGGGAAGGACUUUCUCAGUUUCUCGCUCGGAGCUUUCAAGGCGGGAGAGGCAGGAACAUGUGCAUCCCGGCUCUCCUCGCUCUCCUCCGCUGCCGCAACGAAGGAAUAUCACCGAUCCUGCUGUUUUUUGCCGGCCAGCUGUCUGUUCUGAAUUCCCACCAUCCGAUUUUGCUCCUCGGUCGGUAUCUCAGGAUUACAAUAUUGGCUUACGCGGGCGCCGCCCGCUGACCUCUGAUGCCGUUGCCUUGUCCACAUGGCAGCAUGCAUGUCGGCCGGAUGGCUAUCAAUACUCUUCUCUUCGCCGUCGGCCCAAAAGAGACUCGAUCACAGCGUCGGAUCCGUCCUCCACUGUUAUUGGCUCCGAUGUCACACGAGUCUUCACAACAAGUGAUGAAUAUGAAACUGAUAUGAUGAGCGACUACUGGGACUCCGUCCGCACUCGUGAGACGAGUGGCAGUGGGCUCAAAGGAUUGCGUAUCGAGACCAUGUUCGACAAGGCAGGGACACGUCUGUCGAACGAGGAAGUGAUGACCCUGGAAGAGCUACUUCCGCGUGGCUCCUUUGCGUCGCGUCUUGAGAAUGAUCCGCCGCUGUUUGCAGAACCUCUCCUCCCUCUUCCCUGCAUGAUUGGGGCGUUACCUGGCGAGGUCGAAGACCUCUCCCAAACACCUCUGACAAUUUCUUUAUCAAAUCCCUUCUCAGGACAAGGCUCGCACGUUUCUUCCCCUGAAUUUCCCCCUUGCUCUCCUGUCGAGGAUUCACAUCAAAGUCAGAAAAUAAACAUUUUCGACUGGUCCGAGCAGUCUCGAACGAAUGGUGAUGUCUCUGAUACCGAGGCGCGUCCGAGAACGGUGCACGGCAAAAACAAUGCUGUCAACAGAGGGAGCCGUGCAGCCUGCCGUAAAGUACCUUCCGCAAUCCAUCUUCGGAGUCAAAGUGUGCCUGUUGCACGAGAACUUCCCACCAACGACACACGCCAGACUUCCGGCAAGUUCGGUACAUGGGGCCUUGGCAGCAAAGGUGUGAGCGAGGAUUGGGAUAGUGAUUUCGACUUUGACGCGGAGGAGUCGAGCAUCAGUCAGAAUGUUCCGUCAGCCUCGGACACUGUCACACCUCGGAUCAUGACGGUCCCCAAGGCCAUCCUUGAGCGCCAAGCAAGCCUUCGAGGUCAAUUCGGUCAAGUGCAAGAACUGACCAUGCUGGUGCAAGAACUCAAGCGACUUCGACACCAAGCAAGCAUAUUCGAUCUCAUAGGUGGACCUUCGAGUGAGUUGUGGAAAGAAGCCGAGGGGAUCGUCAAUCUUGCAACCAUCGAUGACGAAGAAGACCGGCGCUCUCCCCCAGGCUCCCCUUCAUCUCUCACGUUCAGCUUUGAUGAUUCUGAUGAAGAGGGACUGAAUGCUUCCUCCAAGAGAAAUACUACCCUCCCCGCCAUUCAGGCGACCGAAGGGGACAGCGAAGGCCCAUGGCAAAGCGGCUCACAGCCAGAGAGUCAGCUGUACGGAUCACCGCUCGGACAACUCUCCAGAGGCUCUCCGAAGUCGAAAUCCGUCAUCGAUAUUAUUCGAUCUAAUCGACCUGAUGGCUCGACCUUACCUGAACUGGGGUCGGCUCCACGCACCCAGAAGCUACCUUUUGAUACUCAGUCACUUCGGGACUUGGUAGUCCGGGCCGGGGUUGUCACUCGUGCUUUAAAGGAGGUUAUCCGAAAGGCAGAAGGCGUUGACCCGAAUUCAGAAGAUGUGUUCCCUGCUGAUCCUCCUUUCCGACGAAUCUUCGAUCAACCCGACGAUGUUGCGACGGCACUCGCUGAAAUGCACUAA